AUGGAAGCCAUCGACGAUGGGGUCCCCCGGCCCCCGCCCCCGCCCCCGCCCCCGCCCGCUGACGACCCUCCCCGGCGGCCGCGCCCUCCGCGCCGCCCCUCGCCGCCCCGCGUCCCCGCCGCCCCCGGGCCUGAUGGCGGUCCGGGCGGGGGCAGCAUGAGAGGAGACAAGAGCUUCUGCUGCCGCGGGGCGGCCGGGGACCACGGCUCCUGCCCGCUCCCGCUGCCGGCGGACACGCUCCCGGCCGGCCGGCCUGGCGGCGGCGGCGGCGGCGCGGCGGGGGCGGCGGGGGCGGCGGGGGCGGCGGGGCCGGGGGCGGACGACGGCGAGACGCGCCUGCUGCAGCUGCUGCGCAGCGCGCCCGACCCCUCCGAGGCCUUCCAGGCGCUGCAGGCGGCUCUGCCCCGACGGGGCGGGCGGCUGGGCUUCCCCCGCCGCAAGGAGGCCGUGUACCGGGCGCUGGGCCGCGUGCUGGGGGAGGGCGGCGGCGCCGAGAAGCGCCUGUGCCUGCGGCUGCUGUGGGACGUGCUGCGCGGCCAGGGCGAGGCGGCCCCGCUGGAGGAGGCGUUCAGCCUGGCGCUGCUGCCGCGCCUCGUGGCGGCGCUGCGGGAGGAGGACCCGGCGCUGCGCAGGGACGCGCUGCAGGUGCUGCACACGUGCCUGCGGCGCAGCGCGGCGCCGGUGCUGACGACGCUCGCCCGGCAGGGCCUGGAGAGCGCGGACGCCCGGCUGCGGGCCGCCACCGCCCUGCUCCUGCCCGUCCUGCUCACCCCCGACGACCUGCUGCCGGGCCUGGACCUGACCGAGGUCGUCCUGUCCCUGGCCCGCCGACUCGGCCGCCAGGGCACCGAGGAGGAGCGGGAGUCGGAGGCGGAGGCGGAGGCGGAGGCGGAGGCGGAGACGGCUUUCGCCGCCCUGCAGCAGAUCGGCGACCGGCUGGGGCAGGAGAGGUUCCGCUCCUACAUCUCCCGCCUGCCCUCGGCGCUCCGCAGGCAGUACCACCGCCGCAUGGAGGCCCGGUUCGGGAGUGCGGUCCCUUACUCCCUCCCACUGGAAACGGUGGGCUUCGCCGAACAGCAGCCCGGCCCCGGCCCGGCGACUGCGCUCUGCGGCGGCGACCUGAAAUUCGGCAUGGUGCCCCAGGAGCUGCACGCCAGGCUGCUGGAUCAGGACGACUACAAGAGCCGGACCCAGGCGGUGGAGGAGCUCAAACAGGUGGUGGGGCGGUUCCGCCCGGGCUCGGCCCCGCACUCGAGCCUGGUGGGCUUCGUCAGCUUGCUGUACAACCUGCUGGACGACUCCAACUUCAAGGUGGUCCACGGCACGCUGCAGGCGCUGCACCUGCUGGUCGUGCGUCUCGGGGAGCAGGCGCGGCCCUUGCUGGGCCCCGUGGUCGCCGCCUCGGUCAAAGUGCUGGCGGACAACAAGCUGGUGAUCAGGCAGGAGUACAUGAAGAUCUUCCUGCAGCUGAUGAGGGCCGCGGGCCCGCAGCCCGUGCUCCGCCUGCUGCUGGAGCACCUGAGGCACAAACACUCGCGGGUGCGGGAGGAGGUGGUGAACGUCUGCACCUGCGCCCUGCUGACCUACCCCGGCGAGCGCCUGGACCUGGCCCAGCUGGCCUUCGCCCUCGCGCCGGCCCUGGCGGACGGCAAGCGCAGGGUCCGCCACGCCGCCCUGGAAGCCUUCGCCGUGCUGGCGGCCUCGCUGGGCCCGGGCAGGACCGGCGUCCUCUUCAAAGCCGUGGACGCCGUGGAGUUCGACGGCGACGGCGACGGCGGCGACGGCCUGGCGAGUGCCGUGCAGGCCCGGCUGGCGAGGAAGACGCUGCCGCGGCUGACGGAGCAGGGCUUCGUGGAGCCCGCCGCGCUCCUGCCCGCCUCCGCCCAGGGCAGGUCGGGGCCCCCGGCGCCCGGGGCGGACGCCGACUGGCUGCUGGCGGGGCACCGGACGCAGAGCGCGCACUGCCACUGCGGCGAGCCGGCCGGGGACAGCCUGCAGGUGUACGGCUCGUACAGCCCGACCGUCUGCGCCCGCAGGGUACUGAGCGCCGGCAAAGGGAAGCAGAAGCUGCCGUGGGAAAGCGAGCCGGCGCGGGGCCCGGGAGAAAAGGCGCCCUCCGCCGCCGCCGCCAGGGAUGCCCGGGAUGCCAGGGAUGCGCGGGAUGCGGAGCAGUUUUCAGCAUAUGAUUUCAUACCAUCUCCACAAUCCAAGUCUUCUCAAGGCCAGUCAUCAGCCAAUGAUGAUUUGUGCUUUAGCAAAAAAAGAGUUUCCAGAACCUUAUUUCAGAGUAGUCGAGAUUUAAACCCAGAUUCUCUUCCUGGAUGUGCUGCUGGCACUGCUGCAACACGCCAGACAAACCUUACUGGAAAAUGUGGACUCCUAGGACCCUCUCAGAUCUGUGUUCAGACUCACAGUGUGGACUCGGAUUUCCAGUUUCUUGAGACAGCAAGUAGUCAUCAAGAUAAAGUGUGCGCCAGCCUAAAUUUUGGUAAUAAGACACAACAGACACUCGGUAGUCAAACAGAACGCACUUCAUCAUACUCUGGCCCGAGUUCAGGAACCUUCCUCCUGCCAUCUCACCCUCUUUCGUCACCUCGAGCUAGUCCAAAGCAUACAUCUAUUUCUGUGUCUCCAAAGAAGUCUCAAGACAAUUCCAUUAAUUUCUCAAAUUCAUGGCCUCUUAAACCCUUUGAAGGCCUGUCAAAGCCAAGUCCACAGAAAAAGACUGUCAACCAAAAGUCGCCUGAUCCUACAGGAGAAAAUUGCCAAGAAAAACCUUCAAUUCAGCUUACACCUGUACUGAUGAGAUCGCCGUCUUCCCGAAGAGGCCUCCCCGAAACCAAGCCUGUUCCUCCGAUACCGAGGGGAAUCAGCCUUUUGCCUGAUAAAGCUGACUUAAACACAGUGGGGUCCAAAAAGAGAGAACCUGAUGAUAUCUGGAAGAGUGACAAAGAUAUUCUUACAGUUGAUCUUUCAGAAUUAAAUAUCAGGGAUAAAGAUUUGGAUCAAGAAGAGAUGCAGAGUUCUCUCAGAUCCCUUCGUAACAGUGCUGCUAAGAAAAGAGCCAAGCUGGGCGGCAGCACCUCGGACCUAGAGAGCCCUGACUCUGCAGUGAGGCUGGACCUGACAGUGGACUCCCCGUCCUGCUCUUCCUCUCCAAACAUGAGCUCCUACAGUGAAAGCGGCGUCUAUAGCCAAGAAUCACUGGCUUCCUCUCUGUCUACCACUCCCCAGGGGAAGAGAAUGAUGUCAGACAUAUUUCCAACAUUUGGAUCAAAACCUUGUCCACCAAGACUUUCUUCUGCAAAGAAUAACAACUCUCAGGUACCUGAACAGAGCAGUACUGCAGGGAUCACAAGCUCCAGUGUAAGCAUAAUCGGUCAACGUAUGAACUAUGGGUUUGAAGACGAUAGGUCCCAUGACAUUUCACCUAGAGUUUUAAAAAUACAAAAUAAAGAACAUCCAAGACUUAAUAAGCAUGCAAAAGGAUCAUCAGCCUUACAGCAGAUUUCCAAUUUUGACUUCACAUCCACAAAUACCUUGACAGAAGACUCAGUAGUAGUUGUUGGGAAAGGUGUAUUUGGAAGUCCAAAACCCGUGCCAGCAACCUGCAGCCAGUCAAUGAUAGCUUCUGUGGAAAACGGGGACGCGUUUUCGGUUAAACAAAGUAUUGAGCCGCCAUCAGGAAUUUAUGGAAAAGCAGUCCCGCAAAGCAUUCCACCAUAUCUCGACGCUGAGAAUGAAAAAGAGAUUAAAGUUUCUGUUUUAAAAUCUACAUAUGACAAGAUGAGACAAAAGAGAAAAGAGGAAAAAGAACUUUUCGACAUUAAAGACUGUGAAAAGAAGGAACAGAACCCCUGGGACCGAGUGAAGCAUACAGGAACUGAGAAAACGGCAGCUGAAAAAGAAGGGUCUCCUGGAACCCUUCCCCAGUAUAAAGAAAGAAUGCCUUCGGUCACUCACAGUCCAGAAAUAAUGGAUUCAUCGGAACUUCGUCCAUUUUCCAAACCAGAUACAGCGCUGACAGAGGCCCUGAGGCUUCUAGCUGAUGAGGACUGGGAGAAGAAGAUCGAGGGCCUGAAUUUUAUUAGAUGCUUAGCUGCUUUUCAUUCUGAAAUACUGAACACAAAGUUGCAUGAAACAAAUUUUGCAGUAGUUCAAGAGGUGAAAAACUUACGCUCAGGAGUUUCUCGUGCAGCCGUGGUCUGCUUGAGUGACCUUUUCACUCACUUGAAGAAGGGCAUGGAUCAAGAGCUAGAAACUACAGUCAAAGUUUUGGUGCACAAGGCUGGAGAGUCAAAUACAUUUAUCAGAGAAGAUGUUGACAGAGCCUUAAAAGCUAUGGUCAAUAAUGUAACUCCUGCACGUGCAGCCGUUUCUCUUAUUAAUGGAGGACAAAGCCAUUUACACAUUGCAGUGAGAAGGUGUACAGCACAGCACUUAUCAGAUGUAGUGGAACUUAUGGACCCAGACCGUAUUUUAUCUGGAACGAAGGAAAUGGCUGAUCGUAUAUUACCAGCUGCAGCUAAGUUUGCUCAGGACAGCUCACAAGAAACCAGGUAUUAUGGUCGUAAGAUGCUUUUCCUCAUGAUGUGUCAUUCUAACUUUGAAAAAAUGCUUGAAAAGUAUGUCCCGUCUAAAGAUUUACCAUACAUUAAGGAAUCUGUUAAAAACUUGCGGCAAAAGGGUUUGGGGGAAAUGCCACUAGAUACUCCUUCGGCAAAAGGAAGAAGAUCUCAUGCUGGCACUGUUGGAAAUAACAGAUCGCCAUCUGUUUCCAGAGACGCCUUCAAUCCAGCUGACAGAGAGGUAACAGAAAUCCGUGAGGUCAGCAGAAAAUUACUUCCCCGGAAUUCCUUAGAAAAUGCCGAGUAUGUUAAAGUCAUCACAGGCUUGUUGAAUGCAAAAGACUUUCGUGACCGUAUUAAUGGGAUCAAGCAGCUUUUGUCAGAUACUGAAAAUAAUCCGGAGCUUGUGGUUGGAAAUAUUGUGAAGAUCUUUGAUGCCUUCAAAGCUCGACUUCAUGACUCCAACAGUAAAGUCAGUCUUGUGGCUUUAGAAACGAUGCACAAAAUGAUUCCUUUGCUUGGAGACAACUUAUCGCCUCUGGUCAACAUGCUGGUUCCAGCAGUCGCAGAUAAUAAUCUCAACUCCAAGAACCCCGGCAUCUAUGCUGCCGCCACGAAUGUGAUGCAGGCCCUGAGUCAGCACGUCGACAACUACUUACUGCUACAACCAUUCUGCACAAAAGCUCAGUUUUUAAAUGGAAAAGCAAAGCAGGAUAUGACUGAAAAGCUUGCUGAUAUUGUGAUGGAACUUUACCAGAGGAAGCCGCAUGCCACAGAACAGAAGGUGUUGCCUGUUUUAUGGCAUCUUCUAGGGGGCAUGACAAACAGCGGCUCUCUGCCUGGAGCUGGAGGAAAUAUGCGGACAGCCACAGCUAAGCUGUCCAAAGCACUUUCUGCUCAGAUGGGCCAGAAUCUGGUCAUUCAGGCUGCAUCUCAGCCACCACAUAUCAAAAAGAACUUAGAGGAACUACUUGACUUGACAAUUUGAAGUGAAUUAUGAAUCAAGAAAUAAGGUGUGAUGCACAAAACUGUUUACAUGGUGACCCACGAGACUUUCUGGAGCUACAUUAUCUGUCAGUGCCUGCACUUCUCACCCAGUAAAUGAAGUCGAUAGCUGUUUGGUUUGCAGCCUAAGAGUGCACAUCUGUCCCAGAAGAGCCCUGUCCCUUGUCCCCACUACACACAGACUUCAAAUAAGUAAUGUGAUCCAAUACUCAUAAAAUCUGAGGCACAUGAAAUGAAUUUACUAUUUUUGGAAAAGUUCUACUCAUUUGCACUAUCCUAUAGAAACUGCAAUUUGUUGCCCUAUAUGUAUAAUUAGAUUUAUAAUUAAAAAUAUACUUUUUUAUUAUGUAAUCAUGUUCUGCUAUGUCUCAUUACUCAGCCUUUUUUAUGAAGUGGGAAAAAAGUCACUGAACUAUGUCAUUACAAACUAAGUCUUAUGUGCUAUUUGUGAAAAACAUGUAUUUCCAAAAUCAGUCUGCUAAUAUGAUUGUGCAGUAUUAGCUUGCUUGUGCCUCUGUGUUAAUGUGGUAUAUUUGCAAACCCUUGGGUUUAAUCUGAGUAAUUGUGAACUUAACAAUUUAUAGUAAGCAUGAUGACCAAAGUUUUAGCAAACUCUAAACAUUUUAAAUGCACGUCUAAGAAAACGUGUUGAAUGUAACUUCCCUAUUUUGUGUGCAGACACUAAGUUUUAUUUCUAUAUGUCCUGACAUUUAUAAAGGUGUUAUUUGCUGCCCAGUUGUGUAAUUCUCAACAAUAGUGCCAGGUCUUCUAUAGCUUUUUUUUAGAAUUCUUGGGCUACAAGUACUGUAUGCAUCAUAAGAAAAAAGUGAAAGAAUGUUAUAAAAUAAAAGGAUUUUAUUUCUUUA